AUAAAAUGGCGGCGAAGCAUCUCGUGAUACCAAGAUUUUGAACAUAUUUCUGAUAAUACUUUCACUCUUAUCUGUUCCUCAAAAUGCAAAGGCGGAGGCGCUUGAUAUCAUCUGAAGAACAUUCGGAUUCUGACUUUGAUGUCGACAUCGAAACUCUUUCAGAAGACACUGGAGACAGUGAAAGCAUGCCGUCACGUUCAGGGUCGCCUAGAAAGACGGGCGAUUUCUCCCCAAGGGCGAAGAGAAGGAAGAUUCACAGAAUAGGUAAAAGAAGGUCUAGUCGUCUUUGYACUGAAAAAAGUGUGCAAGAAUCAAUCAAGGACUGUUGUCUUUGUUUUGAAAUUGAUGAUGUUGGAAAUGCAGAGGAAAUGGUCACUUGUUCAGAAUGUGGAAACUCAAGUCAUCAGUCUUGUCUAAAGAUGUCCGAUGAUGUUCUCUCUGUUGUCAAGGAAUAUCCUUGGCAGUGUUCAUCUUGUAAGACAUGUGAGACAUGCUCUGUUAGGAGACCAAAGUCUAAACUUAUAACAUGCAGUAGCUGUGACAGGGGAUACCACACAUUUUGUAUCACUCCAARUCUUGAUGAUGGRSACAAAGAAAAUUGGAAAUGUCAAUUUUGCAAAGAAACAACAAUGCAGUUUAAACCAAAAUCAGAAUCACCUGAACCAAGUUUACCCAAAUCAGACACAGAACUCUCUUAUGAGUCACCUAGAGYCRYGAAAAGUCCAUUCAAAGGACGUCCRGGAAGGCGUAGAAAGGCACCAAAGUUUGCACACAUCAAAAAAUCCAAAUACAGACUUUCCAUGUUGGCUAAAAGCUCAGAUAACAAUACAGGAAGUACAGAAUCAGAAGAUUCUGAUGCUUGUUCUGCUGUGGAUAGAUCRCCUGUCAAGGGUUCAAGAUACAGKAUUAAAAAGAAGUGCCCUACACCAGGCUGCGAUGGAUUGGGCCAUUAUACUGGCAAGUUUGACUUACAUCACACCAUAUCCGGCUGUCCUAUGUAUCAUAAUACCACAGCAGAGGAAUGUAAGUUAAAAGCUGAAGAAAGAUUAAAAGAGACUAGCCAGGAAAGACAGACAAAAACUUCAAAAAGAACCUUGGCAAACUCAAAUCUAAGUUCUGAAGAAACACCACGSAGAGAUCUAAGAAGACAAGUAGCUCUUUCUUUAAUGCCUGAGAARAUACGCUCAGCCAUGAGAGGAAGCGACAUUACACCUUCAACUACAGAUCGAUAUAAAUCCACACCUCUGCCGUCRAGUGCAAAUAAUUUUAUCCCCAUAAAAAAUGACUCAAGUGUUAAAGUACCUCAUGAAGAGCUUGAUGAAGACAGAUURACUGGUCUUACUUCAGAUUAUGACUUAAAUCUUUUUAAAAGUGCAUGGCAGAAGGCUGCAGCAGUCAAUGAAGAGGAACCAGCCAUUCCUGUUAACGGCAGACCAGUUUGUAGAUGUAUUGUUUUUGGCAUAUAUGAGAUUGAUACAUGGUACUCAUCACCUUAUCCUGAGGAAUUCCAGAGAAUGAAGAAAAUCUACAUAUGUGAAUUUUGUUUGAAAUACAUGAAGAGCCCUACUAUACUCAGAAGGCACAUGGCCAAGUGUGCUUGGAGACAUCCACCAGGUUUAGAGAUUUAUUUAAAAGCUGAAGAAAGAUUAAAAGAGACUAGCCAGGAAAGACAGACAAAAACUUCAAAAAGAACCUUGGCAAACUCAAAUCUAAGUUCUGAAGAAACACCACGCAGAGAUCUAAGAAGACAAGUAGCUCUUUCUUUAAUGCCUGAGAAAAUACGCUCAGCCAUGAGAGGAAGCGACAUUACACCUUCAACUACAGAUCGAUAUAAAUCCACACCUCUGCCGUCAAGUGCAAAUAAUUUUAUCCCCAUAAAAAAUGACUCAAGUGUUAAAGUACCUCAUGAAGAGCUUGAUGAAGACAGAUUAACUGGUCUUACUUCAGAUUAUGACUUAAAUCUUUUUAAAAGUGCAUGGCAGAAGGCUGCAGCAGUCAAUGAAGAGGAACCAGCCAUUCCUGUUAACGGCAGACCAGUUUGUAGAUGUAUUGUUUUUGGCAUAUAUGAGAUUGAUACAUGGUACUCAUCACCUUAUCCUGAGGAAUUCCAGAGAAUGAAGAAAAUCUACAUAUGUGAAUUUUGUUUGAAAUACAUGAAGAGCCCUACUAUACUCAGAAGGCACAUGGCCAAGUGUGCUUGGAGACAUCCACCAGGUUUAGAGAUUUAUAGAAAAAACARUCUGUCMGUAUUUGAAGUUGAUGGCAAAAAACACAAGACAUACUGUCAAAAUUUGUGUCUAAUGGCGAAGCUGUUUCUGGAUCACAAGACAUUGUAUUAYGACGUUGAACCCUUCUUAUUUUAUGUGAUGACAAAGGCUGAUAAUGUUGGUUGUCGGUUCAUUGGUUAUUUCUCAAAGGAAAAGAAAUCUUUUCUCAACUACAAUGUGUCGUGUAUUCUUUCACUUCCUGCAUACAUGAAACAAGGUUAUGGAAAAAUGCUUAUUGACUUCAGUUAUUUACUAUCAAGGGUUGAAGGCAAAGUUGGAUCUCCAGAAAAACCGCUAUCWGAUUUAGGGUUGAUAAGUUAUCGUAGCUACUGGAAAUCUGUUGUACUAAAGUACUUACAAUCCUAUGGUUACGACAGGAUAUCCGUUAGAGACAUCAGCCAAGAGACCGCUAUCCAUCCUAAUGAUAUCGUAAGCACGCUGCAGUAUCUAGGAAUACUGAAGUACUGGAAGGGAAAACAUGUAGUUUUACGCUCUAAGGAACUUAUGGAUGAAUACAAUCAAAAAGUUGCUUCGCGACCAGUUAAUUACCAAGAAAUCGACCCAGCAUGCUUGCGGUGGACUCCCCCUGUUGUUAGUGACGUCAAAACAUGACAGGGAUAUUGAAAUAMGCAUGUCCAUUUAAAUAGAGCACACUUUAGUAAAAAGGGACGAUUUAGAACAUGUAAAAACAAAUAUUUUUUUAAACACGCUGAUAGUUAGUAAUAAACAAUUAAAGACUUUUACGCAAUUGUUUUGACUGAAAUAAAAGUUCAGAACGAAGUAGAAAGAUGUCAAAUAACAUGAUGUAAAGUGUACAUGUUUUCAUGGAUCAUAUUAAAAACCCAUGAGGUUGCAAAGUGAAGACAUUAAACUUAAUAAAC